ACGUGACCAUGAACCUGAAGACAGCCCUGGUGCUCCUGACUCUCUCCAUCAUCACCAUCUUUGCUCUGGUUUGUGUCCUGCUUACCGGUAGGGGUGGGGGUGGGGGUGGUUCCAGCCAACCUCCCCAAUGCUCCUCACUGACAGCCAAGGAGAGUCCGUUCCGAUCACACCCUGUCCAGAGCCGGCUGUUCUCAGACCUCACCCAUGAGGAGCUGACCUCAGUGAUGCGCUUCCUGAACCAGAAGUUGGGGUCAGGACUGGUGGAUGCAAGCUAUGCCAAACCAUCUGAUAACUGUGUCUACUCAGUGGAGCUGCAGCUGCCCUCCAAGGCUGUAGCCUUGGCCCAUCUGGACAGGGGGGGUCCACCACCUCCCCGGGAAGCUCUAGCCAUUGUCUUCUUUGGCCAACAGGCCCAACCCAAUGUGAGUGAGCUUGUGGUGGGGCCGCUACCCAACCCUUCCUACCUUCGGGAUGUGACUGUAGAACGUCAUGGGGGCCCCCUCCCCUAUUACAGGCGACCACUGACCAUAAAAGAGUAUGAAGAACUUAACAGGAUGAUCUCUGAGCGUGAGCUGCCUCGAGUUGUUGGUCUCCUCCAUCGUUGUUGCUACUACAAUGGGAGGAACCUGUUGUCAUUGAGCACUGCCCCAAGAGGGCUGCGCUCUGGGGAUCGGGCCACCUGGUUUGGGAUCUAUUACAACGUCUCAGGUUCUGGCUUUUACCUCCACCCUGUUGGGCUGGAGCUGCUAAUAGACCAUGGGGCCCUGGACCCUGCUCAAUGGACAGUUCAGCAAGCCUUCUACCAUGGUCGGUACUAUAAGAACCUGGACCACCUAGAACAAGAGUUUGAGGGAGGCCGGGUAGAGGUUGUAGAGAUCGCACCCAAUGGCACCAAAGUGUCUUCAUCUCUCAGGUCUCAGGUUCCACCAGGUUCUCCUCCCCCACUACAAUUCUCUCCCCAGGGUCUCCGAUACAGUGUCCAAGGAAGUCAAGUGGCCUCCCCAUUCUGGACCUUUACUUUUAGCCUGGAGUUAUUCAGUGGUAUGAGGAUUUUUGACAUCCGGUUUCAAGGGGAGCGAGUAGCCUAUGAGGUCAGCCUUCAGGAGGCCUUGACCAUCUACGGUGGCAACUCCCCAGCAGCCAUGAUGAUUCGCUAUUUAGAUGUCAAUAUUGGCCUGGGCUUGUUCACCACACCACUGACUCGAGGAGUGGACUGUCCAUACCUGGCCACCUAUGUGGACUGGGACUUCCUCGCACAUUCUGGGACUCCAAGGACACUACGUGACGCUCUGUGCAUAUUUGAACAGAACCAGGACAUCCCCCUGCGGCGGCACCAUUCUGAUUUUUUCUCCUCUUACUAUGGGGGCCUCCCAGCAACAGUGUUGAUUGUUAGGUCUGUGUCCACUCUGUUGAACCAUGAUUAUGUAUGGGACAUGGCCUUUCACCCCAAUGGAGCCAUAGAGGUCAAAUUUCAUGCUACCGGCUAUAUCAGAUCAUCCUUUUUGUUUGGCGCUGGCCGAAGAUAUGGGAACCAGGUUGGGGAGCACACCCUAGGCAUCAUCCAUACCCAUGCUGUUAACUUCAAAGUUGAUCUGGAUGUGGCAGGACAGGAAAACUGGGUAGUAGCAGAGGACAUGACAUUUGAGCCUAGGCCUGUACCCUGGAGCCGGGAGCAUGAGAUGCAGCUGAUGCAACUGACCCAAAGGACUCUGGAGACCGAAGACCAGGCGGCCUUCCCCUUUGGGGGCACCACUCCUCGAUACCUCUACCUGGCCAGCAAUCACACCAAUGCCUGGGGUCACCGUCGUGGAUACCGGAUCCAGACCAUCAGCUUUGCAGGGCAGCCAAUGCCCCAGGAGAGCCCCAUUGAACAGGCCUUCAGUUGGGGGAGGUACCAGCUGGCAGUGACACAGAGGAAGGAAGAAGAACCUUCAAGCACCAGUAUCUAUAAUCAGAAUGAUCCCUGGACCCCUACUGUGAACUUCACCAAUUUCAUCAACAAUGAGACCAUAGCAGGCAAGGACCUCGUCGCCUGGGUGACCACUGGUUUUCUGCACAUUCCUCAUGCAGAGGACAUUCCUAACACAGUGACUUUGGGAAAUGGUGUUGGCUUCUUCCUCCGGCCCUAUAACUUCUUUGAUGGGGACCCAUCUGCCCUGUCUCCUGAUGCCGUCUACUUUCAGAAUGACCAGGAUGCCAGAGUCUGCGGAGUCAACCCUGUUUCUUGCCUUCCAGAGACAGCUGUCUGUGCUCCCCACCUCCCCAAUUUUACCCAUGGUGGUUUUAGAGCUUAUCUCUGAACCUCAGCAUCCAGAUACAUGGGGAAGCACUUAAUGCCAGGCCUCCAGCUCUGGAGCGUUGCUCUCCACAGUUGCCAGACCUCCUUUUCCCUACUUCAAUGUGAAUCAGUGAAGACUCAGCUCAGCCUCAUUUAUUCUAAAACAUGUUGGAUUCCUUCAGAGAGGAAAAAGGAGCCUGACCCUGAAGGGAUGGCCCAACCAUAACCUAAAACAUUUAAUCUUUUCCUUUCUUUGACUUCUCCAGAUUUGCUGCAAUCACAGGGCUAUCCUGCUUCCUUCCUUGUUAAGGGACACAGAGGAAUAAGGCUAUUCAGGGCCUGAGGGGAAGGGAAGCUUAGGGGAGUAGCUUGUAAGGAGGAAUAUGUAUUAAACAGCAGCUUUCCAGAUGCAGGUGUUUCCAGUGGACUCCAGGGCAAUCCCAUCUAAGCCUGUAUUUAUAGCACUGCUGAAUUGACUUUGUCUCUUUCCCCAGUCACAACCCUCCUCCCUAUUUUUCCAACUUCUUGGGAUUUCCCUUCAGUUAAUCUACUAGUAUUUAUUAAGCAGCUACUAUGUGCCAGGCACUGUGCUAGACAAAGAGUGAAACCAUCCCUGCUCUCAAGGACCUCAAUAGAAUAUAAGAUCCUUGAGGACAGGAAUCAUUUCCCUUUUUUUUCUGUCUUUGUAUCCCCAGCACCUAUCAUAGUGCCUGACUUAUAAGUAAGUGCUUACAAAUGCUUGCAGAUUUCUCUUCUGGUGCUAAGAAUGUGAGAUUCUAUGGCAGUGGUGCCCUUACCACUUGUACUCCCAAAUCCUUUCCCUCCCCCCAUCUCCCAUGACCUUAAUGUCUGUCCUCCCCUUCCUGUGGUCCUGAGGAUACAGGGGGUCGUGAUGUUUUUGGUGAAAGGAUAAUAAUUCUUAUCUUUCCCACUGUAAAAAAAAAUUAAUUAUAUCUAAUCUGAAAACAUUAUAAAAUUGGACUUAUAUGAAAAAUUAUGAUUAUAUGAGAAAAAUUAUAAUUGGGCUGUAAGUCCUUCCA